AUGUCUUCGGUGCCCGACGGCAAGAAGCUGGUCCGCAGCCCGAGCGGCCUCCGAAUGGUGGCCGAGAACGGCGCCUUCAACAGUCCCUUCUGCCUCGACGAACCCAGAUGGGUGCCUGACAAGGAUUGUCCCCGAUGUAUGCAGUGUGACACCAAGUUCGACUUCAUCAAGCGCCGGCACCACUGUCGGCGUUGCGGCCGCUGCUUCUGCGACAAGUGCUGCAGCAGGAAGGUGGCUCUGCCGCGCAUGAGCUUCGUGGACCCAGUCAGGCAGUGCGCCCAGUGCUGCCUGCAGUCACACAAGGAGGGCGACUUCUACGAAAAGCAGAUUAAAGUCCUGCUCGCAGGAGGUACCUUCAUGGUCACCCUGGGAUCGUCAGACAAGUGCGAAACCAUGACCUGCCGCCUUUCUAACAAUCACAGGUACCUGUUCCUGGAUGGCGAAAGCCACUUCGAAGUGGAGUUGUCUCGCAUCACCAGCAUGCAAAUCCUGACUGACGCAACAAGUCCAGGAGAGAAUGACGUUGACACUUACACCAGCCUGCUGGAUGGCGAUUACGCCUGCGAAGCCACAUCACCGCGCCCCAGCGGCAUGCUUGUCCACUACAAACCGGCGGGCUCGCAGGAAGCGCAGCAGCUGCGAUUGGACGCCACCAAUAACGACGACAAGAAGACGCCCGCCUCGUGGCUGGCGGCCAUGCACAAGGCGGCCAAGCUGCUGCACGAGUCCCGGGACCACCAGUGA